AUGGGCGAAGCCAUCAUCAUCAGCACAGAACGCGAAGGAUUUAAGAGAUCCGCUACAGAUUUGCUGGAUAUAUUUCACAAUACACUUAUUCUAUCUCAUAUUGUUGCUCAUUUGUCGCCAUCUUCAAUUACCAAGCUCACAGCAACGAACCGAGCCCUCCGAGACACCAUCAUCCACACCCCAGGUGUCUAUCGCCAUUUGGAUCUCAGGACCGUCAAGAGAGCCCACGCUGAUCUCGGCGCAAUUGACCACGGCGGUGAGAUUUGGAGAAAUACACAGCUUGAUGAAAACCUGACAGAGGAGGACUUCUACGCUGGCCCAUUGCGAGGAUUAUUCUCGACUCUGCAGAGGCAGCACAUCCUACAAGAUGUGCAGACACUUGUUCUCGAUGGACUCUCCGUGACGGCGGACUUUUGUCAUGACAUCAUCAACGACUCCAAAUUCAGCGUAAGGCUGCUUUCCAUCCGCGAUGUGAAGAACCUCAACCACGGGAAGCUUCGCGGCGCACUUCAGUAUGCCUGCCGCCCGAGCCGCGACGGAAGCCCGCGCCUCAAGGGCCUUUAUCUGUUUGGCCCCAAGGACGGCGUUUCUUCUCCGCAGUCCGCUACUGCUGGCUACAGCCCAGCCAGCGUCGGCGCCGAAUGGAACCAGCGCAGCCUGGGCGCAUUGACUGAUUCUUUGCAGCACAGCCGCGAUGCUUGGUGGGAUGUCAAGGGCCGACAGCUGAAGCGCCCCGUCCCCGUCGAGUGGGCAAACUGCUUGCUCGCCUGCAGUGGCGUCAUCGCCUUUGAUGCGCUGCUUUGCCAAGGACCGCGACACCGCAACAGCUCGGCUGCCGGAAUGGCCAACGUCCUCGCUGAACAUGGGCCUGCCGUUGCUACGUACUCCCUGUCGGGCUGUGUGGGCUGCGGCAAAGCCCCCGAAGGACUGAUUGCGCCGAGCUCGCAUGCCGUGAGCGAUUUGCCCUUGCUGGCGCCCCUGCCCAUCAUGUCUUCGUCGCUCAGAGCGGCAACUGCGCCUGGGCCGACGGCGACAGCCUUUGUGCCUCGAUGCGCCGAGUGCAUCAGCCAGCGCUACUGCCACUGCUGUAACAAGUGGUGGUGCGAGUCGUGCUACCAGCUGCCCAGCCAGGGCUCUCACCACGAGCCGGCCGUUGUCAUCAUGGAUGAUGGUGAUGGCAUUGGCCAGCUUGAAGAUUACAUGUUUCUUGAAGAAGCUACCCCAAAGAUCAAGAGCCGAGUGACCAAAAGCUGCUGGGAGUGCGGCAACAGCUGCGACGAUUGCAUAGACAAGACGCAGCGAGUCUGCAAAAAGUGCUGCGCCGGCUACUGCACCGUUCACAACGAAGGGUCCUCGGCCGACUUUUGUGACUGGUGCGUUUCUCGAGGCCGCAGAAUGGCCAAAACAAAGGGACAUGAGGGUAGCCCGCCGCCCCCAGCCAUGCUACGUGACAUCCGCCACCUGGACCACAUCCGCCGGAGAGCCGGAUUCUAA